UGCUUUAACUAAGAGUUGCAGUCAAUCAGAGUAGGAUCUUUAACAGGGCAUUCCGCUGGAUUUCUUUGCCUUGGUCAACCUCACACACACUCACAGCAGUCAUGCAUGCAUGCUCCGGCCCACAUAUGGAGUACUACUACUUACUUCUGCUAUGGAUCUGCAGCCAGCUGUUAGGAUGCCAUUACUGCUUUAAUAUUGACACAACAAAACACAGGAUCAUCAAAGGUCCAAAGCAAGCACAGUUUGGAUACACUGUUCAGCAACACGUGUCGUCUGGGGGAGAAAAAUGGUUAUUAGUUGGAGCACCAUAUGAAAUGAACGGUGUUUACCAGACAGGGGAUGUAUAUAAAUGUUCACUGACCAAACGAACCAAUGGAAAUGGUUGCACCAAGCUUAACCUCGGAAGGAUAUCUCUGACCAAUGUAUCUGAGCGGAAAGACAAGAUGAGGUUGGGAAUGACGCUUAUGACCAAUCCCAAAGACAACAGUUUUGUGGCCUGUGGACCACUUUGGUCAUAUGAGUGUGGCAGCUCUUACUAUAGCACUGGUAUCUGCUCCAGAGUCAAUGCCAGUUUCAAGUUCUCCCGAACGAUUGCACCGGCCUUUCAGAGAUGUGAGACCUAUAUGGACAUAGUUAUUGUUCUGGAUGGCUCCAACUCUAUCUACCCUUGGACUGAAGUGCAGGCUUUUCUCAUCAACGUUCUUCAGAAGUUCUAUAUCGGACCAGGUCAAAUUCAGGUUGGAGUUGUUCAGUAUGGUGAAAAAGUUGUGCACGAGUUCAAACUCAAUGAUUUUAAAUCUGUCGAGGAAGUGGUAAAGAGAGCACGUACGAUCGACCAGCGGGGCGGAGAGGAGACUAACACGGCUCUCGGCAUCAACAUUGCACGAUCUGAAGCUUUCAAACAAGGAGGUCGACGUGGGGCCAAGAAAGUGAUGAUAGUGAUAACUGAUGGAGAGUCUCAUGAUAGUGCUGACCUCCAGCCAGCCAUUGAGGAGAGUGAAAAAGAUGGCAUCACCCGUUACGCCAUUGCUGUUCUCGGUUACUACAACCGAAGAGGGAUUAAUCCUGAGGCAUUCCUCAAUGAGAUCAAAUACAUUGCCAGUGACCCAGACGACAAACACUUUUUCAAUGUGACGGAUGAAUCGGCACUGAAGGACAUUGUGGAUGCACUUGGUGAACGCAUCUUCAGUUUAGAAGGAACCAGUAAAAAUGGAACAGCGUUUGGUCUCCAGAUGUCUCAAGCUGGAUUCUCCGCUCACAAUGUUGAGGAUGGAACUCUGGUGGGAGCUGUCGGGGCUUAUGAUUGGAACGGGGCAGUGCUAAAAGAGACACGGCAAGGGAAGGUGGUCCCUCCGAAAGCUUCCUACACGCAGGAGUUUCCAGAAGAGCUCAAAAAUCAUGGUGCCUACUUAGGAUAUACAGUGACAUCAGUGGUAUCAGCCAAAAGUGGGCGUCUACUCGUUGCUGGAGCACCACGCUUUAACCAUACUGGCAAAGUGAUCAUUUUCACUUUGAAGACCCCUGGUAACCUCACCAUCCUCCAUUCCCUCAAAGGCCAGCAGAUUGGCUCUUAUUACGGCAGUGAGAUUGCACCAGUGGAUAUUGAUGGAGACGGUGUCACUGAUAACCUUUUGGUGGCGGCACCUAUGUUCUUCAGUGGCGGCAUGGAGAAGGGAAAAGUAUACAUCUACAGAGUGACAGAGCUGAAUCGUUUCGUUUUUGAAGGUGCAUUGGAGAUCCUUAACGGUGGCCAGAAUGCUCGCUUUGGCUCGUCCCUUGCACCCGUACCCGAUUUAAACGGGGAUGGUUUCAAUGACCUGGUGGUAGGGGCCCCGUUAGAAGACGAGCACAAAGGGGCAAUCUAUGUUUUCUUCAGUCAGCAGAACAGAAUACUGCGCAAAUACAAACAGAGGAUUGCGGCAGCAGACUUGGCACCUGGCCUGCAAUACUUCGGCCGCAGUAUCCAUGGAAUGAUGGACAUGAACAACGAUGGUUUAGUGGACCUGGCAGUGGGAUCACUUGGUGCAGCUGUUCUCCUCUGGUCAAAGAGCGUUGUCCGCAUUUAUACUACUGUCAGGUUUGAACCCAGUAAGAUCAACAUCUUUGUGAAAGACUGUCAGAGGGGUGGCAAAGACGUGACCUGCAUGUCAGCCAUUGUUUGCUUCAACAUCACCUCCAGAACAGCCAUUGCUGCCACGGAGGAAAUUGGGCUAAAAUAUAACGUGUCCAUUGCGGAGCGACGUUUCAAUCCUCGAGCCAUCCUGGACAACCCAAGCAAGUCUCAGCCUCAAAACCUGACCCUUCUUCCUGGAGAUGAAGCGUGUGAGCACAUUUACUUCCAUGUCAUGGAGACAACCGACUAUGCGAGGCCUAUCGUGUUUGCUGUACAAGUCGGGCUGCGGGAUCCACUCAAUGGACCGGUUCUAGAUGAAAGCUGGCCAACGGAGACAAGAACUGAGUUGCCUUUCUGGAACGGAUGUGAUGAGGAUGACCGGUGUAUGCCGGACCUAGCCCUGCAUAGUGUGACAGACCUGAUGACUCAAAAGCAGUUCUGUUCACAGGCUGUUCAGUCCCGAGGUGCUUUCUGCCGCCAUCUAAAUGAAGGGGGUUCAGAGGGAUCUCUACGGGUUCUCGAGGCAAACAGGAGAAGGCUGGUAGUGGAUGUCCGGCUGGAAAACAAAGGAGAGAAUGCCUACAAUGCUCGUCUCAAUAUCAGCUAUUCCCACAAUCUGCGUUUCUCAAGCCUCAUUUUGAAGGACAAUGCUGAUAUCAAGAUUGAUUGUUACAUUGAGGACAAAGUGAAACACGAGAAGAUCUGCAAUGUCAGUGCUCCAUUUAUGAAAUCAAAAGCACAGGUAUUGUUUCGUUUGGAGUUUGAGUUCAGUCGCAUUGUCAUCCUUGAUCAUCUCAGAGUCAUCCUGGAGGCAAGCAGCAAUGGCGAGGAAAUGAGUACAGCUGAUAACUUCAAUGAUAUCUAUUACUCACUGAAAUACGAGGCAGACCUUCUCUUCACAAGGGAUUCAAAUCCAACUCGUUAUGAGAUCAAAUCAGAACUAUCACUGGAGGAGCCUGGAGUUAUUGGUCCUCCUUUUAACUUCACUUUUCAGAUCCAGAAUCUUGGCUACUUUGCUGUGAAAGAUCUACAGCUGAACAUUGAGGUCCCAGAAAUGACAAAAAAUGGCAACCAGCUCCUGCAGAUAUCUGAUUUGCACAUUGACCAGAGAGAUGGUACACACUGUGUACCACCCCAGCAUGUGGCACAGAGCAGGGCGUCACCUGAGGACCUCACCCGUUUCUCUCGCUUGAAUCGAUCCAACACCCUGAUUCUGCCAAUACAGUGCACAAUCAAUGUCGCCUCCUACAGAGAAAUCUCAGUUAGAAUAACAGGAACUCUACGAGUACAUACUUUACAUGCACUGAAGUUUAAAAUCCUUGAACUGGUCACCAGUGCAUCAGCGGAGCUCCCCUCCACCAGCCACAUGUUUCUACAUGAAGAGAGACCUGUCAGAGAAAUAAUAUUGGAAGUGAGAAAAGAGGGAGAUUACAGAAUCCCAACCUGGAUAAUCCUAGGCAGCACGCUGGGAGGACUCCUACUGUUAGCCCUGCUUUGUUUGGCUCUCUGGAAGUUGGGCUUCUUCCAGAGGCAGAAACGGAGAGAUGAGGACGAGCGGGAAAUGAAUGGAAAAGUGGCUGAAGAACGAUAAUGCAGGCUAGGUGCCCACACCUUUCCCAUCGGGGAGCCGACACUCAGGGACCACUCCUCCUUCUUCCUCCCCCACUUUCUCCGACAUCCACAGUGGCGCCAUGUCGACAACUCCUUGCGAUAACUGAGGCAAGGCAGCACCGGCGCAGCGGAUGUGCCCCCCCACCCCUUCCCUCCCCAGCCACGAGUCAGCACUGCCACACUCACUUAGUUUGACUGCACUGUUCCGACUUGAGGGCCUUCUUGAUCCAUGUAUCCCAGCGCCCUCGGUGUCAAAUCCUUCACAGGUCUCCUGGCUCUUUUUUUUCUUUUGAGCUUUCCCUAGUCAUUUCUAAGGAACAGUAGAGAAAAUAUUGACUGCUUUUUGGGGGAGAAUUUCUCGCAAAUCUCUUUGAACCUUAUUUCCUUUUUUUAAUAUUUAUUUAAACUCUUACGGUAAAUGUAUAAUACAUGAAAAACCUCAAGGGUAACGUCACCCAGAAAGCUGCCACAAAUGGAAAGAUGUAUUAUUGUAUUUUGAAUUUGAUAUUUAAAAGCAGCAGUUGUAAGGCUGUGUCAAAGUCACCAAAAUCUUAGGUUGAAAAGUAAUUAUGUUAACAUAAAGAGAGUUCUAGUUUUUCUGAAAAUCCAGUUUUUAUUCCAUGCACGAUGGACUUAUGACAUUUGAUGCACUUUUACUUUGUACAAAUUUAACUUGAAUUUGUAAAUAGCUUUUUUAUACCCUCUCAAAUUAUAUGAAAUCUUAUUAAUCUCCACAUGGCAUUAUGUGUAAAAAGAAAAUGAGAAACCAUGGUUGUUUCCCGUGGUAGCGCACCUUUUACCAUCCCUUGCAUCAGGACAAAACACUGCGGUAACAUUUUUCUCGUGCAUGAGAAAUUGUAACGAAAUGUUGACGGCGCUUAAGUCAGUGUGCCACAACUCUUCUGGUAUUGCCAAUGAAUGUCAUUCUGUCCUGUUGGACGGGGUGCAAAGAGCUGUAAUACAUAAAUGAAUAAAACCGUAUUUAUAUAUU